CAGCUUCCGGUUCUGUUCGGAUUGGGUCGGGUGUAAAGAUCUUACACGCCGCCGCUCCCUAUGCCCAAACAAAAUAAUCCUGCGGUGCUAGGCGUGUCGAUAGGGCGCAGUCGGUCCCCUCUGCCUGGGACAGAUUAUAGGCCUUCCCCCAUACCCUAUCUCCCUGCCUGCUGAGGGGCCGGCUGCAUCCCAGCGGGAGCCGUCAGGAGAGCGGCGCGGAAGGACACCACAGAGCGUUGUGGGAGUUCUGAGACGAGAGUGACAGAAGAAGUAGUUCCGGCUCCGCCUUGUGCCUCCUUUCCCAAAAAUAGCGCCCAGCGGGUAUCCGUGAGCCGGUGUCAGUGUCUCCCGAGGAGCCUGAGCGGGGAGGAGGCAGCGGCAGUAGCGGGGUGCAGUGGGCGGUGGACGGAGGUCUCAGCUACCACGGACUUCAAAUGGUGAGGGAACUGAGGGAGGUUCACAGCCAUUCCUCCCUUCAUGCUCUCACUAGGGAGCAGGAGAAGGCAUGGAGUGCAUGCACAGUUCUGAUGGAUUUUACUAUUCAAAAAAAAUCUGAACUCUCUCACAUGAGCCACAUACAUAUCUACAGUGGGAUCCACAUUGUCUACAACAUCUCAAAAAAACCACAGUUAUUGUAGGGAUUUUGUAACAAGAAGCAGCAACCUUUUCAUCGAGUGGAAGACGAAACAGUGGAAAAGAACUCUGUACCAUGUGUUAGUAUAUUGAAGAGUGAGAAUUCUUGGAUUAGUGUGUUUUUGGAUUGUAAAAAGGGAAAGGAAAGGAGAGAGUGAAAAUGGGGAGGAAGAAAAUACAAAUCACAAGAAUAAUGGACGAACGGAACAGACAGGUGACCUUUACGAAGAGGAAAUUUGGAUUAAUGAAGAAGGCAUACGAACUUAGUGUGCUCUGUGACUGUGAAAUAGCACUCAUCAUUUUUAACAGCUCUAACAAACUCUUUCAGUAUGCCAGCACUGAUAUGGACAAAGUUCUACUCAAAUACACAGAAUACAAUGAACCCCAUGAGAGCAGAACCAACUCGGAUAUUGUUGAGGCUCUGAACAAGAAGGAACACAGAGGGUGUGACAGCCCGGACCCUGACACUUCAUAUGUGCUCACGCCACAUACAGAAGAAAAAUAUAAAAAAAUUAAUGAAGAGUUUGAUAAUAUGAUGCGGAAUCAUAAAGUCGCACCUGGCUUGCCUCCCCAGAAUUUUUCAAUGUCUGUUACGGUUCCAGUGUCCAAUCCCAAUACUUUAACCUACAGUAACCCAGGGAGUUCCCUUGUAUCCCCGUCACUGGCAGCCAGUUCAUCAUUAACAGACACGACCAUGCUCUCCCCACCUCAGGCCACAUUACAUCGAAAUGUAUCACCUGGAGCCCCUCAGAGACCUCCAAGUACUGGCAAUGCAGGUGGUAUUUUGGGUGCGGCAGAUCUCUCAGUGCCAAAUGGAGCUGGUACCAGUCCAGUGGGAAAUGGAUUUAUUAACUCUCGAGCAUCACCAAGCCUGCUAGGAACCACUGGUGGUGGGAAUGGAUUGGGCAAAGUUAUGCCUACAAAGUCUCCGCCUCCACCCGGAGGAGGUAAUCUUGGAAUGAACAAUCGCAAACCAGACCUUCGUGUUGUCAUCCCACCUUCCAGCAAGGGCAUGAUGCCUCCAUUGUCGGAGGAGGAUGAAUUGGAGUUGAAUACCCAAAGGAUAAGCAGUUCUCAGUCUACACAGCCUCUUGCUACCCCUGUGGUGUCUGUGACAACUCCAAGCUUGCCUCCACAGGGACUUGUGUAUUCAGCCAUGCCUACAGCCUACAACACUGAUUACUCCUUGACUAGUGCAGACCUGUCUGCCCUGCAGGGCUUUAACUCCCCAGGAAUGCUGUCUUUAGGACAGGUAUCUGCCUGGCAACAGCACCAUCUAGGGCAAGCAGCCCUCAGCUCUCUUGUUGCUGGAGGCCAGUUAUCUCAGGGUUCAAAUUUAUCCAUUAAUACCAACCAAAACAUCAAUAUAAAGUCCGAACCAAUUUCACCUCCACGGGACCGUGUGACUUCAUCUGGGUUCCCGCAGCAGCAGCAGCAGCAGCAGCAAUCGCGGCAGGAAAUGGGUCGUUCCCCUGUUGACAGUCUCAGUAGUUCCAGCAGUUCUUAUGAUGGCAGUGAUCGGGAGGACCCAAGAAGUGAUUUCCAUUCACCUGUUGGGUUGGGAAGACCACCAAAUACAGAAGAUAGAGAGAGCCCAUCAGUGAAACGAAUGAGAGUGGACACAUGGGCGACAUAAACUUUCAGCAUUGCCACUUCUAUUUUGUGUUAUCACAGUGAACUGUCCUGACAUAUCUAAAUAUAUAAAUAAGGACAUGAAAUAAAUAUAUUUAUAUGUAUAUACAUACAUGCAUAUAUAUAUCUUCACAUAUGUAUAUAUAUGUGCGAGUGUAUGUAGCAUACACAAAAUCAUCAGGCACUUACUACAUACUCCUUGUAUAGCAGCAGAUGUCCCAUGGUAAAAAUAUAACAAAACAAUCCUAUAGGUAUUGGUCUAGUCUGGCACUUACCUGGACAUGCUGUUUUAAUAAUAGAACCUGUUCUGCAAAGAAACAUUGUACCAGUCUAUAAUCCUUCCACUGUAGAUUGCAGAAACCAAGAGGGCUCCCCUGUAGUAAUGUCCCCAUGUGUGGCUACUUGUAGUUAAGAAACAAUGCUUUGUAGCAGCAGAGCAGUAGAAAAGCAGGAAAAAGAAAGCAAUACUGUACAUAAAAUGUCCUUUAUAUUACCCAACCUGGCAUGGGUCUCUGUUGCAGAGGGUGCAUGGCGAAGGGCUGCAGGUAUAAAAACCUGUUUUGCACGUGCAAAAAAAAUGUAUUGGGUCAAAGAAGUGAUUCUUAAUUAAAAAAAAAAAAAAAAAGUGAAAGAGAGAAGACCGAGAGAACUCGCAUGAAAUAUUCAGAAAAUAGCCUAGACAAUAGAGCAUUAACAAAGUAAAAUUAAUAUAUUAAGUUAUAAUUGGAAUAUGUUUGAAAAGUUUCUUUUUACGUUCUAUCUUUGAAAAAUAUAGAAAGAAACGGAUUUAGCUCAUGUAUAUUUUAUAUUAAAGAAAACAAUACCCUUAUGAAUUGAAGACUAUAUAUAAAAGUUAUAUACAGUACUUUUGGACACAUUCUGCUACCAAUUAUUUAUAUAAGCCAAAGCUGUAUGAUGUAGCUUUUUGUAGAGUAUAGUUUUAUCUUGUUAUUUUGACUUUCUAGUUUUUUGCUUUCAGAAGAGGAAAAAACAAACUUGCAGGCAGAACGUUGGGGGAAAAAUAAGCCAUGAACACUUAUUAUUCUAUAUGUAAAUUAAAAUUUGAGCCAAACUCUUUGUGUAUAUAGCAUCUUAAAUAUAUCACCUUUGGUGUAAGUACCUAUGUAUUGUACGUUCACCAGAUUAAAAAGUAUAUUUUUGUGGAUUGACGCCAACUUGAAAAAAGGCGAGGUCCUUAUUAAGUAGAGUAUUCACUGUUUAAUAUUUACUAUUUUGUUAAAUAUACUGUACUUUCUUUGGAUUUUAAUUAUUAUUAAUAUUAUUAUCCAGAUUUUUCAGAGGAUGUAUAAAGGGGUUGUCCCCUUCACUGGUGGUGAAUGUGUGCCGUUAAAAUGUAAUCUCUGUGCUGUAUGGUUAAGCUUCAUUAUACAUUUUAUAUAUAUGUAUAUAAAUAGCAAAGUGGCAAAAAAAAAAAACAACAAAAAUCCGGUGUUAAGUUCAUCCCACAUAAAUAUUAAAUAUCUGUUACAACACAUUUUAAGGCAUUAUUUUAAAACUGCCUCUUGUGAGAAAAUAUUCAGUGGAAAAACUUGACCUAAUUACUUAUGUUAGGGAAAUAACGUAUCAGAUGAGCACAAAAGGUUUUGUAAGUGGUAAGAGGUUUGGGACAAAACAUUUGCUUUGGAAAGAAAUCCUCUCAUGUCUCCUUCUAACAUUCAAAAAAAUUGAGCAAGAAAUCCAAUGCCCAACAUGCUAUGUAUCUGGUUAGUACCUAAAGUUCUGAUCCUGCAGUUCUUUCUCAUGCAUUAGUGAGCCUACUUACAAGAGUAAGGGUUUGCCAGAUCUGGCUCCAAUACAGCAGCAAAUUCUCACAUCAUUCAGGGAUGUAAGGAGUACCAUAAUCUCUGCUUUAAAUUGCUGUUGCUAAUCUAUUGAAGUUUGGCACAGCUUUACUUAAAUCUGGAUCUGUACAGAGUAAGUCUCUAAGGGGGGUUUUGAGUUAAAACUCUGUGUGCUUUCAAAUUCCUGCUACUUCUCUUGUCGUCCUGUGCAUGCAAUAUUAUUAUAUUCCCUCCUCACUACAAACAAAAUAAAAUGUAGACUUUUAAGAAACAUAAAUCUAACUACUAGCCACUCUAAUUUUGGGAAAAAUUGAAGUUGUUUUAUGUGUUACACAAAACUCUUCAAAGUUAAUUUCAUAUAUUUAUUAAAACAGUUUUUUCUUGGGGAUUCAACACUUUUAAAGCAAAUUUUCUAGUAAAGUCCCUCAGUUGAUGCUAUAAUUUAAAAAAUGUGAGAGGUAGAAAUGAAAAUCCAGUGUAUACAGCCAUCUCCUUGACAUCUGCUUGUACACGGAAUGAUCCAAGAACAAAUGUACUACAGGUGGAUUUCAAGACUAGAUCUGUUGUGUUGUCAGUGUAACUUUUAAAAUUACAGAAUUUUUAAAAACAUUUGGGGCAAACUUUGACUUACUUUCAAAUUAAUCUACAUUUAGUAAAUUGAAACUAGAGUAGUCACGGCAACAGAAGAGCCUAUAGAGGAUUCCAAUUUUCAAAUGAAAACUGCAUUUCCAAAGUAUUUCAGUUCACUUACCGUUUCACAGAACCUUUAAUGCUUUGAAAAGUUAUGUGAUUUUUUUUUUGUUAUUUAUGCACGUAUAUGAACUUUGCUGUACAUUUGAGUGGGAGUUCUGCAUUCACAUUUACUGUCUAUUUUCUUGUGUGCCUUACGAGAUGGCUUUGCUGACUGUAUGUCAAUAGUCUUUAUUUCUAUGCAGGUUUGUAAGCAGUACUAUUACUGUUUUCUAAAACAAUGUUACAUAAGGUUUGGAGUUUGUAUUUAAAUCACGCCAACUGACUGAUGUAAAACUUGUGCAAUUCUUAGGAAUUGAGGAUCAGACUGUUAACCUGUUGCCCAUAGCCCUGUAAUGGACUCCGCUAAAUAAGCCUUUGCAACAACAUCCCAUCUAUGUGUGGAAGAACUCCACGCCAUGAAAAUCAUAGGGGAACUCUGAUUUUUAAUAACACUAAUCGUGUACGUUUGGAACAUACUUUUUUUUAGGAGAUGUAAAAGUGUUUUGUAGAAGAAAGGACACAGCACAGGAGAAUAUUUCAGCAAUUAAAGUAUCAAUAGAGCAUUUUUUAUUAAGUACAUUUAAUAAAUGCAGUUCAAGGUAGGGUUGCAGAUAGAUCAAAUCUAGUGUGAACCUACUUGGCUGGUAUUGAUUAACGAGAGUUGUACCUGCUAAAAUGACAAAUCAUCUUUGAGCUCUAACUAACUAGCUCUAAUAUUUAAAAAAAAAUAAAUCAGGUUGGUUGGAGAAAAAUGCUUUAGCAUUUCCUUUUAUUGUAAAGGACACUAAUGCAUCAAAACCUUUUCUGAAUUAUUAUGCGCACAAGAAAUAUAUAGUAAAUAAGGAACAUAAUAACUCCUAGCAGUUGAAUGUGGGAAGAAGUUAAAUUAGAAUGUGAAAGAAAGACUUAUAAAUGUAAACAGUUACUUCUUAGUAGAAACUUUCUUCACUUUGCUGUGCAAGAGAACACUGCUUUGCUAUAUUUAAAAUGGCUUUUUUAAAAGAGAUUUAUGUAUUUGGUAAAUGUUUGUAGUCAACAGUUCACACAAGAAGCUGUUCCCGGUUUAAUGAUGAUAAGCCGUUUGGCGGCACAAGCUGGACUUUGUUGCCAUCCUUGAGAUGAAUCUUUUAAGAAAAAAAAAUAAGUUAAUCUCAAUUUUUCCCUGAAUGUGUUGUUUUUCUUCAUUAUACAAUAAAUAUUCUAGUGAACUUUUUAUCAAAUGGUUAAGAAAAUGCUAGAAGUUGUUGUAAAAUAUUUGUAUCCUGCAUUCACUAAAGUAAAAAUACUGGCUUUUACUGUGUA